AUGUGUAUACGAAGAAUACCAGGAUUUCACGAAAAAAUACAUAGAUCUAUAUUUCGAAGAAAAAAUAGUGGGCCAUCUCCCUUAUACAAAACUCCCCUUAGACACAUAUGGGCUAUUUUUUUUUAUAUAGACGUUUUCAUAUUAUAUAUUUAUGUUCUUUCAUUUUUUUUUUCAAUAAUAACACGUCAUGAAUGUUUUGAAAUAUUUCCUAUAGUAUUUCUAACUGCUGUUAAUCUAAUCUCAAGUUUUUUCAUUGAUUUUUUCUUUUUAUUAAUAAAAGACAAGGAAGUAGUAAGUGAAGAUGAAAUAAUUUUGUCUACUUUCUUUACAAUAUUAUGUUGCAUCAUUAAGAUAAUUGUUAAUGUUUAUAUUUUUUAUACCUCACUUAACUAUUUUGGAAAAAUUUUUGAUUCAAGCGAUAAUGAUAUCAAGACAAGAUGUCAUACAUCUGUAACAAAAGGAAUAUUAUUAAACUUUAUUGUUAUCACCGCUUUUCCCUUUGUUGAAACAUAUAUAGAAUCAAUUCUCACAUUUUUUUCUAUUGUCCACUUUAAAUCACAAGUACAAAAAUAUGAAAUGAUCAUUUAA